AUGGCCGACGACCCUCAGAGCGGUAGCCCAAAGUCGGAUCCCAUCGAUGCCAAGGAGGAUGCUGAGACCGCUGCUGCUCGCAAAGAGUUGAAGCAUACGGCCAUUUCAGAGAAGUCUGAGGGAGCCACCGGCGCGACGACACCCCAACUCAGUGCAGGCGAUGAGCAAAAGGAGCAAGACCCGUCACCCAAGAAGAAACAGAAGAGGGCCCACGACCAGCUAGACGAGGAGGACAGAGACGCUGAGGAGGCGGACAGCAAGAGCGUAGCGUCAAGCGAUUCUGCCAAGGACAGGGCUUCGCGACUGGAACCCGAGAAGAAGAGGCACAGAGAUGGAGUGACUGUUGACGAUGACGCCGCCGACUCUUCUGUAACAUCGCCCGUCACCGCCGAAACGAAAACGCCGAACAUCAUUUCCACCACGACCGAGGCCACGUCCGCAGCAGCAGAAAACUCUGCCAAGGAGGAGAAGCAGGGGACAUCGGCUGCCGCUUUUGCCAGUUCUGGCUUCGCCAAGCUGGCCGCAUCAAGUGCGUCCCCCUUUGGCUCUUUGGGAGACUCUACAAAAGGCAGCGUUUUUGGCGGAUCAACGUCCUCAGCAUCGCCAUUUGGCUCCCUGUCGCCGUCCAAGCCCGCUGCGGCUCCUAUUGCCGCACCGACAUUGAGUUUUGGAGGCGCUGGCGCCGCCUCAUCGCCGUUCGCCAGCGUUAAGACCGCCGGCGCAAACGGUUUUGGUUCGGCAUUUGGCAGUGGCUUCGGCAGCGCACUGUCAGGCAAACCCUUGACGAGCUUUGCCAAGGUAGGAGAGUCUUCCUUCAAAAGCGAGAAGCCUGCCAAACCUUUUGGCGCACCGGAAAGCGACGUGGAGGACGGAAGCGGCGAUGACGCUGACGGCGAUGAUGGAUCUGCUUCAGAGUCUGGUGACAAGGAGGAAAAGGAGGAGUCUGACAAGGAAGAAUCCAAGGCUGGUGAUGAUAAGAAGCGCACCAAGCUGCAGAAGAUUACUGUCGAUGAUGGCGAGGCCGGUGAGGCUACGAUAAUUCAGGUCAGAGCCAAGAUGUUCUAUCUGGAGAAGGAGGUUGGCUGGAAGGAGCGUGGCUCCGGUAUGCUGAAGAUCAACGUCCCUGAAGCUUGCGUUUCGUUUGAUGACUCAGGCCUUCCCAUUCCCGGUUCUUUUGAUGCAUCGGGCCUGGAGAACGACGAGGAUCCAGAGGCUGGCGUCGGAACGGCCCAUAAGGUUGCCCGUCUGAUCAUGAGACAAGAUCAGACACACAGGAUACUACUCAACACAGUCAUCUUGCCUGCUAUGAAGUUCCAGGAGAAGACGUCUCUCAAGUCCGUUGGAGUCAUGUUCACCGCAUUCGAGGGUGAAGAGGCGAAGCCCGUCAGCGUUCACAUGAGGAUGAGUGCAGCCAGCGCCAAAUCGUUCCUCAAUGAGGUUGGCAUGGUUCAAAGAGAAUUGUCGAGCAACUGA